AUGGACACGCCCAACUCCCCACCCGCACGUUCAACCUCGCCCGACCCUUGGGCAACCCCAUCGCUGGCCAUCGGCGCAAUUCCCCCGCUCGACCGCUCUGUCUCAACCGCGUCGUCUGUCUCGUCGGCGCGCUCAGUGAGCUCGCGCCUCUCCGAUGGCGGCAGGCGACGUGGUUACAUGCGCCCCGAGGGCACCGAAUUCUCCAAAUCGGCGAAGAACAGAGAGAGUGUCAUGAACCUGGGCACCAUCGCACAUCUCCAGUACUACUUCGCGCGGACGGGCCUGCUCGACACCGCGACGGGACGCGUGGCCAAAGGCCGCAAGCCCGGAUCGCGCACAGCGAGCGGCAACGAACCAAUGUCGCCUGGCCUCGAUGCCGACUUCUCGACGAUGUCGCUGGCGUCACCAGACGGGAUGAAUGACCCAGUGGGCUUCGUCGAGUCACCGCUUGACGAGACGGCGUCCAUGCAGUGGGAGGACCCUGAGCCCAUGAUGCUCCCGCCUACCGUCAGCACCUACAAGAACAACCCCGUCUACGUCCCGCCGCCGCCUGAUAUGACUGUCCUGCGUCGCGAGCUACGCGAAUCGCUGGCCGAGUCUAUGAAGCAUCUGCACGAACUCGAAAAGGGCUUCUCUGAUGUUCAGCCGGACGGAAAGACCGCGAAGAACGGUGGCGAGGAAGCGUCAGGCUGGCACGAAGUACAAGGCAUUAAUCUCUUGGACGUCACCACCCUCGCGAUCCGCGCCGCGAAGAACUACUACACCGCACACGAAGAACCACAACGACUCUACGCCAUCAAGUCGGAACGGACGAUCCGAAAGGAACUAUACGAUACACUCGAGGUACUGAAACGUCUCGCCAUUCGCAACUUCGGAAACGGCGUGCAGCCGUAUGAAGUCACCCAACUUAAGCAGUGGGUCGACGACAUCGGCACACUGCUCGACACGGAAGAGGAGAAGGAGCGCUUGGAACUUGCAGAAAGAGAAAGCUGGUCGUGGCGCGAGGGUGACUGGGCGGGCAAAGAACGCGAGAGGGAGCUGCUCUUCCUCAAGUCGUUUGACAGCAAUCCAGAGCCCCUGCCUGAGUGGACCAGCGCUGCCGACUCUGAACUCCCAACACCCUUCCUGGCCGCGCUACAGAACGGACUGCGCCUCGUACAUCUCCACAACACUCUCGUCCGAAAAUCAAAACGACACUUUGAAGAGAUCAAGACGUACCACACCGACACAGCCAAGCCGUAUCGCUGCGCUGACAACCUGCGCUACUGGGUCAAAGCCGCCGAGUUACGCUGGGACAUCAAACUCGACGUUAAUGUCAUGGACGUGGUCCACGGCGAGGACGCAGAAGCGUGGAAGAAGUUCGAUGCUGCCAUCCUGCAAUGGUGCCAGGGCGUGCGUGAGGAAAUCACGUCGGAAUGGCAAAAGCAGAAGAACCAAACGAGAACCCCUACACUACAGAUCGACCCGAAUUACGAGGCGCUGUGA